AUGGAUAAUGUAAUACAGGAAACUAAUCCCCAGUUAUCACGAAAGAGGACACAACAAAAAGAGAAUUGGAAAUGCAAUAAAAUGAAGAAGGAAAGGUAUGCUCCGAAAGAGCCACCAAAUUUAAGAAUUCCAUGUAAUCACUAUGCAAAAGCAUACAGGUGCACUUCAUUGAGUCAUGCCGAUAUAAUAGCAUUUAAUAGACGUUUCUACAAAAAAACCGGACAAAAUUUAUCAGGAUAA